GCCUGCCCCUCCGAGCCCUUUUCUUCUUCCCAUUUCCUCCUUCUCCUCCGUGUCCCGCCAGCGUGAGUCUCCGCCGGUGGGGUGGGCACCAGUGCCGGCCCCCAUCCCCACCCCCCCAGUCAUGCGGUGGUGGAGCAGGCUUCGGCGGGGGAGGACGGGAGCUGGAGAAGUCUGCCUGGCCACUGUGUUUCAGUGCCUCUCUCUCUCCUAGAGCUGCUCUGGAUUGCAAAAGUGGAGGGGGGAACUGAAACGAAAUUUCCCCUUCCCCCCCGACAAGCGCAGGUUUAAAGGAAAAGAGGAAAAAACCCAACGCCCCAAGAAGAAAGAGCGAAACUUGAGUUAAGCCCCUGCUGCCCCCCACCCGCGUCCACCCGGCCAAGAGGAACUUGCACUGCCGCCCCGACUCCGUCCUUCGGCCGUGGGAACCGGAGCCGAGCCCGGGGAGACGAAGGCCCGAUCCCUGCUGGAUGCGGUGGGGAUCGGGCAGUUGGCGCCCAUGCAUUUUCUGUUCAGGAAGACAAGUAACCGAACAACGUUGUCAAACUGCUGACCCGAGGUGGAGAUGGGAAGACUGAGUGAGGUAUUGACAGAUCUGGAAUCGAUACAAUUUGUCUAAUGCAGCGGGGGAUCGGGGGUUAAGUACAUGUGAGGGAAGAGAGGAUCCAUUUGCUGAGAGAGAACGGGACAGCUAUACGUUGAUACCAAAAAUAUCCCCCUGCAGCAGCGGGAGCAGCAUCAAGCCUAGUAGCGGUACGAGGCGAGGACCCAGUUCCCUGCAGACUGCCGGAUCGAUGACACCGUAUUUGCAAAACCGGCCAGUCGAUCCCACUUGGCAAAACGACUGAUCGUUGCUAGCUUGCUCGUAAGCCGCUCGCAGAACUACCUUCUCCAAACGCCCCCUGUCUCCUCUUGUGUUUUCUGAGCACGUUAUUGUCUUUUCUGACUUAUUUUGGUGAGGGAGGGGAGAUAACAUUUUCACCCCCCAUCGAGGAGUCAGGCCCAUCGCAAAUGGCUUCAUUUCCCGAGUCCGACUUCCAGAUCUGCCCCCUGUGCAAGGAGAUGUGCGGCUCGCCGGCUCCCCUCUCCUCCAACUCCUCUACCUCCUCGUCCUCCUCGCAGACCUCCGGCUCCUCCGGGGGCGGCGGCAGCGGCUCCUCCUGCGGGGGCCCGCCGCGGAGGCUCCACGUCCUGCCCUGUCUGCACGCCUUCUGCCGCCAGUGCUUGGAGGCGCAGCGGCACCCCGGCGCGGGCGACGCGCUCAAGCUGCGCUGCCCCAUCUGCGACCAGAAGGUGGUGAUCUCGGAGCCCUCGGGUAUGGACGCGCUGCCCUCCUCCAACUUCCUCCUGAGCAACCUGCUGGACGUCGUCGUCGUGGCCGCCGCUGUCGACGAGCAGAAGAACGGCCGCGCCGCCGGGGCCGGACACACCGCAGGCUCCGGCGCGGGAGGGGGAAGCGGAGGCAACAACCGCCACCACGGCCGCCCUCCGCCGCCUCCCCGCGCCGCCGCCUCCUCGCCCGCCGCUGCCUCGGCCGCGCCUUCCUCGACAUCGUCGUCGUCCUCGGGCGGCGGCGGCGGCCCGGCGGCGCUCCUGCUGCGGCGGCCCCACAGCCGGCAAGGCGAGCCCCGCUGCAGCUCCUGUGACGAGGGCAACGCUGCCAGCUCCCGCUGCCUCGACUGCCAGGAGCACCUGUGCGAUAACUGCGUGCGAGCGCACCAGCGCGUCCGCCUCACCAAAGACCACUUCAUCGAACGGUUCGCCGCCGGCCCCGCCGCGCCGAUCGCCCUGAGCCCACCCUACCCUGCCUCGCCCUACAACAUCCUCUCGGUGUUCCCCGACCGGGCCAGCUACUGCCAGCACCACGACGACGAGGUACUGCAUUUCUACUGUGAUACCUGUUCUGUCCCCAUAUGUCGGGAAUGUACCAUGGGACGACAUGUGGGUCACAGCUUUAUCUACCUCCAAGAUGCCCUACAGGAUUCCAGGACUCUCACCAUUCAGCUCCUGGCAGAUGCUCAGCAAGGACGACAGGCUAUUCAACUGAGUAUUGAGCAGGCCCAGGCUGUGGCAGAGCAGGUUGAGAUGAAAGCGAAGGUGGUACAGUCUGAAGUCAAAGUAGUGACUACUAGACAUAAGAAGGCCUUGGAAGAGCGGGAGUGUGAACUGCUCUGGAAGGUGGAAAAGAUUCGUCAAGUCAAGGCUAAGUCCCUCUACUUGCAAGUCGAGAAGUUACGUCAGAACCUAAAUAAGUUGGACAACACCAUUAGUGCUGUUCAGCAGGUCCUGGAGGAAGGCCGUACUAUGGAUAUUCUCCUGGCUCGGGACCGCAUGCUGGCUCAGGUACAGGAACUGAAGAAUGUGAGAGGCCUUCUCCAGCCACAGGAAGAUGACAGGAUCAUGUUCACUCCCCCUGACCAGGCACUGUAUAUGGCCAUUAAAUCAAUGGGAUUUGUCAGCAGUGGGGCUUUUGCUCCUCUGACCAAAGCCACUGGGGAAGGCCUCAAGCGUGCACUGCAGGGCAAAGUGGCCUCUUUCACAGUGAUAGGCUAUGACCACGAUGGUGAGCCUCGCCUCUCAGGAGGUGACAUGAUCUCUGUGGUAGUGAUGGGCCCAGAUGGAAACCUCUUUGGGGCAGAUGUCAGUGACCAGCAGAAUGGAACCUACCUGGUCAGCUACCGUCCACAGCUGGAGGGGGAGCACCUGGUGUCCGUGAUGAUGUGCAACCAACACAUUGAGAGCAGCCCUUUCAAAGUUGUGGUGAAAUCUGGGCGCAGCUACAUCGGCAUUGGACUGCCGGGGCUCUCCUUUGGCAGUGAGGGAGACAGCGAUGGCAAGCUCUGCCGCCCCUGGGGAGUUAGCGUAGACAAAGAAGGCUACAUCAUUGUUGCUGACCGGAGUAAUAACCGUGUCCAAGUGUUCAAACCAUGUGGGACCUUCCACCACAAGUUUGGCACACUGGGCUCCCGGCCGGGGCAGUUCGAUCGCCCUGCCGGUGUGGCCUGCGACAUCUCGCGUCGCAUCAUUGUAGCUGACAAGGACAAUCAUCGCAUCCAGAUCUUCACGUUCGAGGGGCAGUUCAUUCUGAAGUUUGGGGAAAAAGGAACAAAGAAUGGGCAAUUCAAUUACCCAUGGGAUGUGGCUGUCAACGCAGAGGGCAAGAUCCUGGUCUCUGAUACAAGGAACCAUCGUGUUCAGCUAUUCGGGCCGGAUGGUGUGUUUCUGAACAAGUAUGGCUUUGAAGGGGCACUCUGGAAGCACUUUGAUUCCCCCCGAGGUGUGACUUUCAAUCACGAGGGCCACUUGGUAGUAACAGACUUCAACAACCAUCGCCUUCUGGUCAUCCAUCCGGACUGCCAGUCGGCACGCUUCCUGGGCUCGGAGGGCACUGGGAAUGGCCAGUUUCUGCGCCCACAGGGAGUGGCAGUGGAUCAAGAGGGGCGCAUCAUCGUGGCUGACUCCAGGAACCACCGGGUGCAGAUAUUUGAGUCAAAUGGCAGCUUUUUAUGCAAGUUUGGUACUCAGGGAAGUGGCUUUGGUCAGAUGGACCGUCCUUCAGGUAUAGCUGUCACCCCUGAUGGCAUGAUUGUUGUGGUCGAUUUUGGAAACAAUCGAAUUCUCAUCUUCUAAUCGGUGUUUGAAUUAGGAAGAAACUGUCUCAGGGAAAUUCUUCUAAGAAAAAAUGAAAAGAAAUACAACGUUAAUUCAAACCUACCUCAUCUUUAAUUUUUUUUACAGAUGAAUGUACUUAUCUUUUGUGCAGGGAGUGAGCCUGUAAAGUUUAAAUUCUAUCUACCUCAUUGUCCUCCCUUCCCUCCCUGGUUUCUUGCCCUUGUCCCCAUCCCCACACACUCACAGUUCAGAAUGUUUUACCUCUUUUUUUCAACCCCCAAUGGGGUUUCAUGCACAAACAAGUGUUGCUGUGCACAUUAGGUGGUUUGUGUGGCGGGUUCUGUAGACAAAGCCAAAAAAGGCUCUAUGUAACUUUUUUAAUGGAGAAAAUGGUAGUAGGUGUUUGUAGAGAAUUUGUGUUCAUGACCAUAUUGCAGUUCUUGGGGGGGGGGGGGGUGACGGGGACGGGGACACUUUUGUUUUGUUUGAUUGCUGCUGCAGCAGAGAACUUUAUCCUGUUCUCCUUUUUAUACCUCAGUGUGUUUGAUUUAUCGGUGAGCGCAGCAUCUUGCUCCCAGAUGACUUGGAACAUUUUGUGACAGUGAGUGGGAUUCACUCACUGGGAAGAGCAAGUUUGUAGUAUUACUGGGUUUUGGCAUUUCUGUGUGUAUUUUUCUGAAACACAGUAAUCCGACAGCACAAAUUGAAGCUGAAGAAAAUGCACAAAAAUUCUUUAAGUUUAAACCAAAUUGUUCAUUUUAAUGGUUUGGUGCAGUUGUUGUAAAGUUUAGGAGAAAAGCAAGGCUUCCUUUAAUGUACCCCAUCAGUUAGUAGUUCUUUUUUUUUUUUUUUUUUUACCCUUUUUACCUGAAAGCUUAAGUGAGUUAAAAGUUACUGUGUAUUUUAUCAUUACACUUAAUCUGGGUAGCAGAAGAGGAUGCAAGGAGCAUUGAAGCAGGGAAAAUCAAACCCUUUUGAUUUAAUUUCUUGUUAAACGACUAGGUUUUUUUUUUUUUUUGGCCCCUCCCUAUAGAAAGACUUUAAGAGAAUGAUGUUUGGAUUUGCUAGAACAGAAGUGAUACCUUUUUCCAAAAGUAAGAAAUCGGCAUAGCUUUGGAGAUUCAGGGUGUGUUUUGGAGAAGUCAGCAAGUUUUUUGUGUGUGUUUAAAGAGGAUUGCAGUAACUGUCAAUGACAAAAGUUUUUGGGGUUUGUUUUUUGUGGUUUUUUUUUCAUCUGGCUUCCCCAAAGAGCUGGACUGAAAAAUUCAGGAAGGUCUGCUGUAGUUUUUAAGGUCGGGUGGAGUUGUAGCUCCAUGUAACUCUUGCUACAGAUCCUAGUGAAAAGUUACCAGUACCAGCAUAAGGCAAACUGCGUCAAGAUGAAACCUCACUGUGUUUUUUUCCAGGGCAGUACCAAAGAAUUUUGUGUAAAAUAAACGUAUAUGAUCCUUUAAAGCUUGGAGGCAGGAGGAAGUUGGCCUUUUCAGGGAUAUAAAAAUAGCUUUUUGGAGAAGCAGAAACGUCUGGGGAGAAUAGCGAUCUCUCUAGCAAAAUGUGACUUUCUGAGUCCCUGGAAGUAUUUUUGUCUAUUCUUCAAUGUCUCACUUUCCAGUUUAGCUGUUGCUUCAUGCUCUGCAUAAGGCCUUUGGUGGCAAUCAGCAGUGGUUAAAGUAGGGAACAGAGGGCUUUUCCAUGUCUCUGCAAUGGAAAAAUGCAUGUAUCAGUACUCUUAAGCUUGGAAAUGCCAUGGGAUUUACCUUACUGCUUGCAAGAGAUCAUGUCUGAAACGUCAAUGUGGUUGUUACCAGAAAGUCCAAAAAGCCUUAACCAUCCUUCAAGAAAAGGGUUCAUCUCUGCCAGCCACCAUGCACAAAAGUGACCUGAGAUUGAACGGCUCUUUACAAGCUUGUGAGAAAUCACAAGGUGCACUUUCCUUCUUGCUGCUUUUCCCCUCUGAGGAGUGUUAACUUUCUGGCCUUUGUAGAAAUCCCCACGAUGUGUGCAGACAGAUGGCUGCCAUAGAGGAGGCUUAAACUAAAGGACCAGAAAGAAAUGGACAGAUUCAUGAGAUGGCAUAACCUCUUUUGAAAGAAGGGUGAGGAAAGAACACCUAACUUCAGUGAGAUAAAAUAACUGUGCUGUCUUUAAGCCAAAGCCUCAAGGAAGCAAGCUCUUCAAAGCAAUGUGUUUCAGUUAGGCUUAAUCUUAGGAUAACAUAGUUUAAAAUAGUCUUUAAAGGAUAAUCUUUAUACAGAUGUCUGUCAUUAAAUUGCUGUAGCCACUCCAAAAUAUGGGUAUGAGAGAAAACUAGUUUACCUUCAACUUUGUCAAGUUCUGCUUGUAUACAUGCCUCACUUCUUGGGAGUUACCUACAGUUGUGACAGAUAUCCACGCUUGUCUUGUAUUAUUCAGUCCAAGAAUGAUAUUCAGCUUGGGCUGUAAAAACCUAAUAGCCUGAAAGAUGUAGAUACCAAAGAAAACUGGUUUAAAAAGCUUUAACGUUUAGUUUGGAGUGUCCUUGCAUUUAUCCUAUCAUGUCUUAAUAGAAAUGCCAGGUCUUUUGAUACCUUUGCCAGUGUGGCUGACAGUGUUAAAGUACACUAGAAAUAUUCUUGUGCUUUAAUGCUUGUUGGGUUCCCCCUUCUCUGGGGCUAGAAGGGAG